UUAUCACACACAUACACUCUCUCUAGAGUUUGUUACGAUAUACCGUUCGUGUGCAAAAGGAUGAGGUGUAGAGCGCUUCAAGUUAGGAGAAGGAAGAGAGUAGUAGUUGAUCUGAGCUCUAGGAAGCUCAUGACCCGUCUCAGGCGGAUGGUUGCUCCGGAAACGAUUUUUCCUGGUGAAGUUGACGGUAACACACUUUAUCGUCUCACGGCUGAUCACAUUUUGCUACUCCAAGCAAGAGUCCAACUUCUUCGUCAUAUUUCUUCUCUAUGUGGUCUCUAGAAACGAAGAUCCGUAGCCAUAUAUAUAUGGCUGAAAAUAAACACAGCAGCGGUAUAUAUAAUCAAUAUCGUGAACAACCGUCUGUUUUCUCUAUAUAUAUUUCUUAAUUUGUGAUCUUUGUUUCUCGUAAAUUAUGAUGCAUACUCUAUAAAUUCGUGUAAUUAUGAUCUUGGUUACUAGUGAAUUAUAUUUUCUCUAUAUGUUUGUGUUGUAUUUUAUUGUGAAAUGCCUUUCUCAAAAAAAAAAUUAUUGUGAAUUUUGAGUAGUCCUUUUACAUGCAUUCAGCUUUGAAGCGUCACCCAUAC